GGUAUUCAUAUCGUGUCGCCUGCGUUAAUCUUAUGUUUUUUUUGUGUCGAAUAUCCGAAGUCGAUCUAUACAACUUUAAUGAAAUUCUAAUAGACUAGUUGGUUUAGUUUUUGUGUUGAAAAAUUACUAUAAUUACUAAAUUAGAUCACUUAAAAAUUAUAAAUCUGGAUCCCAAAAAUUGGAAUGUUGGUGGGUCUCGCAACCCACCUUUUCUUAUUGGGGAGAAGGGUUCGAAAUAUCCAAGCCCAAAAAUGUCGCACAUUAAAAACUUUUACCCUGAAAAUUAUCCAAAAAUGGACUUAUCUGAGACAAUGAAGGCUGCAUUAAAAGGCGGACCUAUGCAAAAUCAAGUUGGGAACAAUCCUGCGGGUGCAUCACUAAGUGGAGCAGAUUUGCAACCACCAAAUAUCCCUCAACAACCAGGUUAUGUCACGGAAAAACUUUAUAUGCUUUUGCAACUUUACUUGCAAAAUAAAGGUUGGAACCCAAGUGUUGAACUUCUGCAAUGCUUCUCCGAAUUAAAAGAUAGUGCAAUGCUACCAAGUGCAGCCUAUUUACAGGUGUUAGCCAAUCGUUUGACACUUGAUUCACAAGGGCGUUUAAUUUUAAGAGAAAAUGGAAAAAUUGUAUUACCUUUUGAACAUUUUGCCAAUGCAGUUAUGUUGAAACAUAUGUCUGGACCACAUGGUUUGCAUUUGAGUGUGGAAGCAACAGUUAGAGCUGUUGUUGAAUCGUACACAAUAGGUAGAGAAAAUUUUGGUAUGGAAAAGGAUUUCAUUGUAGAGGUAGUCCAGUCUUGUCCAAGUCCAGCUUGUCGGUAUUACAAAAAUCAUUUGGGGAUACCUCCAAUGACCUUUUUAGAGCAAUACCCAAAUAUAUCUCCAGAAUUUCUACAACAUUUACCACCACCGCCGUCAGUUCUUACAGGACAACCUCCGCAAUCGAUUCCGCCAAUGAACUCUGGAUCUGGGACCGAAAUUGACUUAAGUAAAGGUCAUAGUAGCUCAAAUUCGAAAGUUCCUCAAAUGCAUUUACCACCCCCGGCUCCUUUGCCACCAACAAAAUCAUCACAAAGCAGUCAUUCAAAUUCUGUACAACAACAACAGCAUCACCAAUCUCAACAUCAACAACAAGCUGUAGCAGCGGCCGCUAAAGCAGCGGCUGCUGCUGCAGCGGUGGCACAACAACAGCAUCAAAUUACGGCCGCAAUUAUUCAACAGCAAAAUCGUGCAAUGGCUCAACAGAGUUUAGAAAAGUUUGGAACAUUAACUGCUAUGGAACAGCAACGAGUAUUACAACAAUUUGACAAAAAACAUUUUGAGACACAAAACGCAGUUGCUGUUGCCGCAGCGGCAAAUGCGGUUGGGUUGGGUGUUCAAAGUCUUAUACCGAAUUCGGCUCACCAACCAAAUCCUAUGCAUAAUAUCGGAAAUACAGUUGGAAACAACAAUAACUCAAUAAGUAAUUCUAUUAUUCCCAGCAAUCACCAAACACCCCCAAGCCCAUCACCGCAUUUACCGCCGUCGCAAUCACAAUCAUCCACGCCAUCGCCAAUGCAUAUUUCCCAAGGAGGACAACAGCAACAACAACAACAACAGCAACAACAUCAACAGCAGCAACAACAACAUCAACAGCAGCAACAACAACAGCAGCAGCAACAGAUACAACAGCAACAACAAUAUAAUCAACAACCAGAUGUGCAAUUACAGAAAAAUGAUGUUAUUGAAUCAAAUAAAGAUCUUUUAGCAUUACAUAAUGGAGCUUGGACUUGUCGUGACGAUAAUCGCGAAGUAAGUGUUGUUGGUCAAGAAAAAAUUGUGCGAGCAUUUUCGGAAUUGAUGAAAAACAUGGCGCGAAUGAAAACUUUUAUUCGACCAUCAAUGUGUAAGCCAUAUGGAAAACAAAGUGAAAGCCUACAAAAAACUUUACUGGAUACAAUUCAACUGGUACAAACCUUAAGGAAUUGUUUGCCUGCUCCACAUAUACCAGUUAGUUCUUGGAAGAGUGAAGAUCGCCAAAGUAGACCUGAAGAAAAUUCUGUUGCAAAUAAUUAAUAUGCCGACAUUAAGGUAUUCCGUGCGUAAUAAUAUAUGUGUGUUUUUCUUACAUAAUAUAUGUGUUCGUUUACACAUCCAUAUAUUCAUAUGCUAUGAGAUUGGAUUUAAGUAAAUCAGUAUUUUUGAGUAAUUUUUUCAUACAAAAUAUUCUUUAAAGACUUCAGCAUAAUAUUUAUUUAAAAAUUCAUAUAUAAUGUAUAAUUAGCAAUUAUAUCUACAUAACUACUAGAAUAGGAUUUUUUUUAGAAUCCCAAGU